GCCACUAACUGGAGUUUGGGGUUAAUCCAAAUGCAACUCAUCACAAAUAAUGUAACUGCAUGAGUACUUCAGUCAGUUUGAUGCUGGAACAUUGAGAAAACAUUGUCAGAAAUUAAUAAUCAGUGAAGGGAUCAGUUGAUUGCUGGUGUUUGGUGAACAUUAACAAUGUUUUGGAGUGUGUUCCUCUGAGAGGAGCUGGCAGCUGAGUGUCUCUCCUCACUCUUUGAUUUUCGCUUCAGGGAGAUGUUGCAGCAGCGGCUCGGCCUCGGCCUCGGCCUCCGGGCGCUGGGGGUCACGGGCGGCCCCCUCUCCCACUCCUUGCCCGGCCCGCGGUGUUACUCCGGCUGGGCGGGCUCCGGGCUGCUCCACUCCGAGGCGUACAUCGGCGGCCGCUGGCUGCAGGCCGAUGGCGCGGCGCGGUUCCCGGUGCAGGACCCGGCCAGCGGGCGGCUGCUGGCUGAGGUGGCGGACUGUGGGCCCAGGGAGGCCCGAGAGGCGGUCAGGGCCGCCCACAGCAGCUUCCCCGCCUGGAGGGGGGUCACCGGCCAGGAACGAAGCAAUUUAUUAAGAAAAUGGUAUGAUUUAAUGCUGAAAAACAAAGAUGAGCUCGCGAGACUAAUUACUGCAGAAAAUGGAAAACCAAUGAAGGAAGCCUUAGGUGAAACAUUAUACGCUGCAUCAUUCCUGGAGUGGUUUUCAGAAGAAGCUCGUCGAGUGUAUGGAGAUGUCGUUCCUACUUCUUCCCUUGACCGUAGGAUCCUAAUUCUGAAGCAGCCAAUAGGAGUAGCUGCUGUUAUAACUCCUUGGAAUUUUCCUAGUGCCAUGCUCACACGAAAGGCUGGGGCAGCCUUGGCUGUAGGCUGCACUGUGGUUGUGAAACCAGCUGAAGAUACUCCUCUAUCUGCAUUGGCACUGGCAGAGCUUGCUGAACAGGCUGGGAUUCCUGCGGGAGUUUUCAAUGUAAUCCCCUCUUCCAAGACCAAAACGCCUUCUGUAGGAGAGGUGCUUUGUACAGAUCCUCUUGUUGCUGCAAUCUCUUUUACUGGUUCCACAGCCACUGGAAAGAUCCUCCUCCGUCAAGCAUCUGAUACUGUGAAGAAGGCUUCGAUGGAACUAGGUGGACUGGCUCCAUUCAUUGUGUUUGACAGUGCUGAUCUCGAUCGAGCCGUUGCUGGUGCCGUGGCCUCCAAGUUCCGAAACUCUGGACAAACUUGUGUAUGUACGAAUCGGUUCCUGGUGCAGGAGGGAAUCCACGACAUUUUUAUAGAGAAGAUGGUGGAGACUAUGCAGAGAGAACUGCGUGUUGGAAAUGGAUUUGAUGAGCAGUCUACACAAGGUCCAUUAAUCAAUGAAAGUGCAGUGCAAAAGGUGGAAAGUCAGAUAAGUGAUGCUGUGUCUCGUGGUGCCAGCAUUGUGACCGGGGGAAAGCGACACCGUUCUGGAGCAACAUUCUUUGAACCAACUCUUCUUUGUAACGUCACAACGGACAUGCUCUGUACACAGGAGGAAACGUUUGGGCCUUUGGCACCUGUUCUCAAAUUUCGGACUGAAGAAGAAGCUGUGACUAUAGCCAAUGCUUCUAAUGUGGGUCUGGCUGGUUACUUUUACUCCAGAGAUCAUGCUCAGAUUUGGCGGGUUGCAGAACAGUUAGAAGUUGGCAUCGUUGGUGUAAAUGAAGGUCUGUUAUCAACCCCUGAGGCACCUUUCGGUGGAGUUAAGCAGUCCGGCCUUGGGAGGGAAGGCUCGAAAUACGGUGUUGAUGAUUAUUUGGAAAUUAAAUAUGUUUGUUUUGGAAAUCUCUAAGUCUUAAGGGUUAAACGUGAAAGCCAUUGUCAAUCACUGCUGUUAGUCUCUCAAUUUACUUGGAAAACAACCUUACUGUUAGAAAUUUUGUGUUCUCUUAAACAAUAAUGGUAUUAUCAACACUUUUUCCUAGUUUGAAGGAUAUUCUUAACAUUUACUGAUCGUGUACAUGAUUUAAGGCAAAAAGCUAUUUCAGUUAAAUUAAUCAUACAGCUUGGAAACAGUCCCUGGCCACACUGACCAGACAUCCUAAUCUGACCUAAUCCCAUUUGCUAGUAUUUUGUCCACAUCCCUCUAAACCCUUCCUAUUAAUAUACCCAUCCCGAUGCCUUUUAUUUUGUUACAAUAAAAUCAAUCUAUGAUCUAACUAUAGUUUGUUUUCUGACCUAUUCUGGACAUGUUAAAAAAUAAUCUUUAAACAAAAACAUUGGGUUAUACUUCAACAUUUGUACCAUUUCAGAAAUGUCUAAACACUUGUAAGUUUGUGAAUUGUGGCACAAUGUGGCUAAUAAGUACUUGUUUGUAAAUUUUAACUUUUGUUCCAAAUUUUAAUAUGUGAAUUCAGUGCUUUUAACAAUUACAUCAUUAUUUAAUAGUGAUGUGCAAUAAUGUAACUAUGGAGAAGUAUUUAAUUUCCUUGAGCUUGUCAAAUGUCAAAUAUUCAAGAAAUGUCCAGUUAACUUUGUAUUAUGUUACUUGAUAACCCAGGUUAAGAUUUACUGCUCUUAUUACAUGAUGGAUGUGUACACUCAAUUUCAUUAAUACAUUGUGGUUAUUUGUAAACUGUAUGUUUUCUGUCCUGAGGCAAUAAAUUUCAAAAAAGUUUAAA